AUGGCAUCACCGCCAUUGGCCACGUCACGUACUUAUCAAUAUCGUAAGGUCAUGAAACCACUUUUGGAAAUAAAACGUCGUGCUGGGAUCAACAAGUGUCUGGACGAGCUUAAGCAUCUCAUAAUGGAGCUAAUAGAAAUGGAUGCCGAUACAUUGGCCAAACUGGAGAAGGCUGACAUUUUGGAGCUAACUGUUCAUCAUUUGCAUCGACAACAGCAACAACACCUCCAAAUGGAACACUUUUGGCGGGGAUUCUACCAGAAGUUGUCUGGCUUAGGACUUGGUUAG